AUGACAGCUCUUCACAUUGCAGCUUACAAUGAGUAUUAUGGUCAUAAGAUAACGAAGGAAAUUCUGACAAGAUGUCCAAAUAGCUACAAAGAAGUUGACGAAGAAGGCAAAGAUGUUCUACACCAUGCUGUGACAACUACAUAUCUCUCCAACGUAAAAUUCAUCUUAGAACAUGCAUCAUCAUUAAUUUUAAAUAGAAAAGAUAAGGAUGGAAAUACCCCCUUGCUUCAUAUGGCUGCCACUUCCUCAUGGAAUAUGCUGGUUCUAAAAGCUUUGUUGUCUCAUCCCAAAGUGAAUAGGAUGUCACUCAACAAACAAAACAACAAUAUUCAAGAUGUGUAUAUGCUUCAAUUUCCAAUAUGUGAGGGAAGAAUGCUGGAACUCUUCAAUAAAUACUCCAUACAGCCUUCUGUGGGAAAAUAUGUCCUAGAACUCGAACUCAAUUGCGAGAAGAUUAAUAAUAUGCAGAAGGAACUCAUUAAAAAAUUUAAAGAAUCUAGUAUAGUUACUUCUACAUUGAUUGCGACAGUGACAUUUGCAGCUGGAUUUACAAUGCCAGGAGGUUACAUAAGCGAUGAGGUUGAACAUCAACAAGAAGCAGGGAGUGCUGUACUGAAGAACAACACAGCAUUCCAAUUCUUCAUCAUAACAAACACAAUGGCCAUGUUGCUCUCUGCUACAUCUGUUUUUAUGAACAUCUUUCUUAAUAUAACAUAUGUAGAAGGAGAACAUGAUGACACCAAGUGGAAGAACUACAAGCUCUGCAUGAAAUUAACAAUCAUGGCCCUGGUCUUAAUGAUGAUAGCAUUUGUCACUGGUACAUACUCAGUGUUGCCAUCGCCAUUAUGUAUAUUGGAUCGCUUUUCUUCUAUUUCAUAA